GUAUACAACUUCUAAGCCCUCAGUCCAUUUACAGCUUUAGUACAUUGUCCAAUUGAUUCUCGCCAUUCCCGCAUCCUGUCGCCCAUCAUGGCCUUCAGAAAGGGCCUCGCUCUCAGGUUCCUCCAGUGGACCAUCCGCAGCGUCCAGUUCGGCUGCGCCGCCGUAGUUCUCGGCAUCUUCUCCUAUUUCCUCGCGACCCUGCAUAACCACAACCUAAACAUCAACAACAACAUCCGUGCCGUCGAGGGCAUCUCUGGCGCCGCCGUGCUCUAUACCCUUAUCAGCCUCAUCCUUCUCUGCUGUGUUGCCGGCUUCCCAAUCACCUCGUUCAUCGCCAUAGUCCUCGACAUCGCCUUCGCCGGCGCCUUCAUCUACGUGGCCGUCGAGAACCGAUAUGGCGCCGGCUCCUGCGACGGCUAUGUCGAUACGCCCUACGGCCGGGGUAGGGCCGAAGCUGACGUCCGGGCCGACACUGCGGGCUUCACCAGCCUGCCCAGCUUCCGGACUGCUUGCCGCAUGCAGACGGCCUGUCUCGCCGUUUCCAUUAUAGCGAUUAUCUUCUUCCUUCUCUCCGCCGUCGUCGAAGUCUUCCUCGUCCGCCACCGCAAGAAGGAGAAGCGCUUCGGCCCCGGCCCCAACAACAACUAUACCUCGGGCUCAGGCAAGACCGGCCUCUUCGGCUGGCGCCGCCGCCGCAAGGAGAAUCCCGCCUUGGCCAAUGACAGUCAGCUUCCCGCCCACACCCACCCCGACCAGGUCCGCCAGAGUUAUAACACCGAGGCCACCGCCGUCGGGACCCACGACGCCGGCAUUUAUAACAAGUAUGGCGAAUCGGGUUACGGUCACACCAACGGCGCUGGCGCGGGCGUUGGCACUGCCACUGCCACUGGCGCUGAUACUGGUACUGGACAUGGAGACGGCUAUACCAAUGACCCCCCCGGCUACACGAACACCACGGGUUACACCAACACAGCAAAAGGAACCCACGGCCAGGUGGCUCAGGGGGACACUACCGUCCCACAGCAGGGUUAUCAGUCGUAUCGAUACGAGGACGGUGUGUAUGAUCGUGCCUAA